GGAACAGCUAAUUGGCGGUAUUCCGGGAAGCCGAUCCAACCGCUAAAAAGCUGUUCUUGGUAAACCAGGCUGCGAUAACGUGGUGAAGCUGACCAAAAAAACGGUAUGCUUUUUUCCAUUCUGUCCAUACACUAUUUCAUGCGUGGUGUUUUAUUUUUUUAACCCUUUUUUCUUUUUUGAGGAUCUCAUCAACUCUAUCCAAUCACUGCUUUCAUGAUUUCCCUUCUCAGACCAUUGAUUUUUAUUUCACAAUGUUUUAUUUCCAGUUUGAUCCUCUUUCAUCCUCACCAAAUCACCUCAGUGAAUUUCUUUUGAACUGUUUUGGCUGUACUAAUACUGCGGCUGAGUUGGUGCUUUAAAGAUUUCCCUUUUCUCAGUUUGCUUACUUGCCUGUCAGACAUUAUGAGGAGAUUGGCUUUUCGUGGUGCUGGUUGUACUCUGGUAAAUCUGAAGAAGUUGGAUUCCAUGAGCUCAAAGAGGCGAAGGGCUACCUCUCCUUCUAGCAGUGCCAGCGGAGGAGAUUUUGAUGAUGGUCACCAUUCCACAAACACACCAGGUCCAAGUAGGAAACGGAGAAGACUCUCCAACCUCCCAACAGUUGAUCCUAUUGCUGUUUGCCAUGAAUUAUAUAACACAAUCAGAGAUUACAAAGAUGAACAAGGAAGGCUUUUAUGUGAACUGUUCAUUAGGGCCCCCAAAAGACGAAAUCAGCCAGAUUACUAUGAAGUAGUUUCCCAGCCUAUUGAUUUAAUGAAGAUCCAACAAAAGUUAAAAAUGGAGGAAUAUGAUGAUGUGAACGUCUUAACUGCUGACUUCCAACUGCUGUUUAAUAAUGCAAAAUCCUAUUAUAAGCCAGAUUCUCCUGAAUAUAAGGCUGCCUGCAAAUUGUGGGAUUUAUAUCUACGGACAAAAAAUGAAUUUGUUCAGAAGGGAGAAGCUGACGAUGAUGAAGACGAGGAUGAAGGCCAUGACAAUCAAGGGACUAUUUCUGAAAUAUCUUCUCCAGGUUAUUUAAAAGAAAUUCUUGAACAACUUCUUGAAGCAGUAGUUGUAGCUACAAAUCCAUCAGGCCACCUUAUUAGUGAACUUUUUCAGAAGCUUCCCUCUAAAGUGCAAUAUCCUGAUUAUUAUGCAAUAAUUAAAGAGCCCAUAGAUUUGAAGACCAUCGCUCAGCGGAUACAGAAUGGAAGCUAUAAAAGCAUGCAUGCAAUGACCAAGGAUAUAGAUCUAUUAGUUAAAAAUGCCAAAACUUAUAAUGAACCAGGAUCUCAAGUAUUCAAGGAUGCAAAUGCAAUAAAGAAAAUAUUUAAUAUGAAAAAGGCAGAAAUUGAGCAUUCAGAACUAACUAAAUCAAGUCUCCGAGUCAGGUAUUGUAAGCAGAAUAGAAAUAUAGAAAGGACUGCAAAUCUGACUGCUUCCAAGCUAACAAGCCCUUCCUCACAGGGUAAAGGCAGUGUUGUUGAUGAAAGAAAUUCUGCUAAUAAAUAUUACCGUAACAAAAGAGCUGUACAAGGCGAUCGUUUAUCAGCAAUAACCAUGACACUGCAAUAUGGAUCUGAAAGUGAUGAAGAUGCUGUUUUAGCUGCUGCUGCCCGUUAUGAAGAAGGAGAAUCUGAAGCUGAAAGUAUUGCUUCAUUUAUGGAUACAUCCAAUCCUCUCUAUCAACUUUAUGAUACAGUUAGAAACUGCCGAAACAAUCAGGGUCAACUUAUAUCGGAACCCUUUUUUCAUUUGCCCUCAAAGAAAAAAUAUCCUGAUUAUUAUCAACAAAUCAAAAUGCCUAUUUCAUUGCAGCAGAUCAGAACAAAACUGAAGAAUCACGAAUACGAAACCCUUGACCAUUUGGAAUGCGAUUUAAACUUGAUGUUUGAAAAUGCAAAGCGUUAUAAUGUUCCAAAUUCAGCCAUUUAUAAGAGAGUUUUGAAAAUGCAACAGGUUAUGCAGACAAAGAAGAAAGAGCUAGCUAGAAGAGAUGAAAUUGAGGAUGGAGAUAGUAUGAUAUCUUCUGCCACAUCAGAUGCUGGGAGUUCAAAAAGAAAAAGUAAGAAGAAUAUAAAGAAACAGCGAAUGAAAAUCUUAUACAAUGUUGUUCUUGAAGCACGAGAACCUGGAACAGGCCGAAGGCUGUGUGAGCUGUUUAUGGUGAAACCUUCCAAAAAAGACUAUCCAGAUUAUUACAAAAUUAUUUUGGAACCAAUGGAUUUAAAAAUAAUAGAACAUAAUAUCCGUAGUGACAAAUAUGCUGGAGAGGAAGCUAUGAUAGAAGAUAUGAGGUUAAUGUUUCGAAAUGCGAGGCAUUAUAAUGAAGAAGGCUCACAGGUUUACAAUGAUGCUCAUAUUUUGGAGAAAAUUCUUAAAGAAAAAAGAAAAGAAUUGGGACCUCUGCUUGAAGAUGAUGAGAUUGCUUCCCCUAAAUUAAAGUUAAGUAGAAAAACUGGCAUCUCUCCUAAAAAAUCAAAAUAUAUGACUCCAAUGCAACAGAAGCUUAAUGAAGUAUAUGAAGCUGUGAAGAACUAUACAGAUAAACGAGGUAGAAGACUCAGUGCUAUUUUUCUACGACUUCCAUCACGGUCAGAGCUUCCUGAUUAUUAUCUGACAAUAAAAAAGCCAGUUGAUAUGGAGAAAAUCCGAAGUCACAUGAUGGCCAACAAAUAUCAGGAUAUUGAUUCUAUGGUUGAAGAUUUUGUAAUGAUGUUUAAUAAUGCCUGCACUUACAAUGAACCAGAAUCCUUGAUUUACAAAGAUGCACUUGUGCUACAUAAAGUUUUGCUUGAGACUAGAAGAGAUAUAGAAGGGGAUGAAGAUUCUCAUGUCCCAAAUGUAACUCUGCUGAUUCAAGAACUUAUACAUAACCUUUUUGUCUCUGUAAUGAGUCACCAGGAUGAUGAGGGGAGAUGCUAUAGUGACUCUUUAGCUGAAAUUCCUGCUGUUGACCCUAGUUUCCCAAACAAGCCUCCUUUGACUUUUGAUAUCAUACGAAGGAAUGUAGAGAAUAAUCGCUAUAGAAGAUUGGAUUUGUUCCAAGAACAUAUGUUUGAAGUACUGGAACGUGCAAGGAGAAUGAACCGGACGGAUUCAGAGAUUUAUGAGGAUGCUGUAGAACUUCAGCAGUUCUUUAUUAAAAUCCGUGAUGAACUCUGCAAAAAUGGCGAGAUCUUGUUAUCACCAGCUCUUAGUUACACUACUAAACAUCUACAUAAUGAUGUAGAAAAAGAGAAGAAGGAAAAACUUCCCAAAGAAAUGGAAGAGGACAAACUUAAAAGAGAAGAGGAGAAGAGAGAAGCUGAAAAGAGUGAAGAUACUUCUGGAGGAUCAGGACUAUCUAAUUUACACAGAACAUACAGCCAAGAUUGCAGCUUUAAGAACAGCAUGUACCAUGUUGGAGACUAUGUAUAUGUUGAACCUGCAGAAGCUAAUUUACAACCUCAUAUAGUCUGCAUAGAACGAUUGUGGGAAGAUUCAAAUGGGGAAAAAUGGUUAUACGGCUGCUGGUUUUAUCGACCAAAUGAAACAUUCCAUCUUGCCACCAGAAAAUUUUUGGAGAAGGAAGUGUUUAAAAGCGAUUAUUAUAACAAAGUUACAGUGAGCAAAAUUCUAGGCAAAUGUGUGGUUAUGUUUGUUAAGGAAUAUUUUAAGCUAUGUCCAGAAAACUUCAGAGAUGAAGAUGUCUAUGUUUGUGAAUCACGUUAUUCUGCAAAGACAAAGUCUUUUAAGAAAAUUAAAUUGUGGACUAUGCCAAUUAGUUCUGUACGAUUUGUCCCUCGAGAAGUGCCCUUACCUGUAGUUCGUGUUGCAUCAGUGUUUGCUAAUACAGACAAAAUUGACGAAGAAAAACAUGCUGAAACAUCGGAGGAUACCAAAAUUGGAGAUAGCAUUCUUAGUCUUGAAAAGGAUAAGGAAGAUGUUCCAGUAGACAUGUCAAAUGGAGAACCUGCCUGUCACUACUAUGAACAGCUUUGUUACAAUGACAUGUGGUUAAAAGUUGGAGAUUGUGUCUUCAUAAAAUCACAUGGUUUAGUCCGACCAAGGGUUGGCAGAAUAGAAAAAAUGUGGGUUAGAGAUGGAGCUGCCUAUUUCUUUGGUCCAAUUUUUAUUCAUCCAGAAGAAACAGAACAUGAGCCAACUAAAAUGUUUUAUAAGAAGGAAGUAUUUUUGAGUAACUUGGAAGAGACUUGCCCAAUGACAUGCAUUCUGGGAAAGUGUGCUGUGCUGUCUUUCAAAGACUUUCUUUCCUGUAGACCAACUGAAAUCCAUGAAAAUGAUGUUCUUCUCUGUGAAAGUCGCUAUAAUGAAAGUGACAAACAGAUGAAAAAAUUCAAGGGACUAAAAAGAUUUUCUUUGUCUGCUAAGGUAGUAGAUGAUGAAAUUUAUUAUUUCAGGAAACCCAUUAUUCCACAAAAGGAGCCAUCUCCACUUUUAGAGAAAAAAAUUCAGCAGCUAGAAGCAAAGUUUGCUGAGUUAGAAGGUGGAGAAGAGGAUAUUGAAGAGAUUGGGGAAGAGGAAGGUGAAGUCGCAGAAGCACCAACAAUAUCUCAACUGCAGACUCCACACUCCAAUGAAUUGGAUAUAAUGCCAUAUACUCCACCACAGUCCACUCCGAAGUCUGUCAAAGGCAGUGUAAAAAAAGAAGGCUCUAAAAGGAAGAUCAACAUGAGUGGAUACAUCUUGUUUAGCAGUGAGAUGAGAGCUGUUAUUAAAGCUCAGCAUCCAGAUUAUUCCUUUGGAGAACUCAGCAGACUGGUUGGAACAGAGUGGAGAAAUUUGGAAGCCUCCAAGAAAGCAGAGUAUGAAGAGCGGGCAGCUAAGGUUGCUGAGCAGCAGGAGAGAGAACGAGCAGCACAGCAACAGCAGCAGAAUUCUUCUCCCCGGGCAGGCACUCCUGUCGGGGCUCUUAUGGGGGUGGUGCCGCCACCAACACCAAUGGGGAUGCUCAAUCCGCAGUUGACACCUGUUGCAGGCAUGAUAGGUGGCUAUCCACCAGUGCUGCCACCUUUACAAGGCCCAGUUGAUGGCAUUGUUAGCAUGGGCAGCAUGCCGCCACUUCACCCUGGGGUGCCUCCACCCCAUCAACUUCCACCAGGCAUGCCAGGCAUCCCACCACCGGGUGUUCUAGGGCAAAAUGUUUCCUCCAUGGUAGGAGCCCCAGCACCAGGAAGUCCAUUUGGGCAGCAGAUAGGUAUGCUUGGUCCCCCAGGUCAACAAGCACCACCUCCCUAUCCUGGUCAAAACCCAGCAUCUCAACAGGUCAUGCAGCAACCCACAACGCCUAUGUUUGUCUCUCCUCCACCAAAGACACAGAGGCUUCUCCACUCAGAAGCUUAUCUGAAAUAUAUUGAAGGUCUUAGUGCUGAUUCAAAUAAUAUUAGCAAGUGGGACCAGACCCUUUCAGCACGAAGACGUGAUGUCCAUCUCUCAAAAGAGCAAGAAAGUCGUCUUCCUACACACUGGUUGAAAAGCAAAGGGGCUCAUACCACAAUGGCAGAUGCACUAUGGCGGCUUCGAGACUUGAUGUUGAGAGAUACACUUAAUAUCCGCCAGGCAUACAACAUAGAAAAUAUUUAACCUUUCAAUGCCAACAUAUAAAAAAAAUGUGGAACAUAGCUGUUUUAGUUAUUGGUGAGGGAGAGAAAAUUGUUUUUAUUGCAUCUUAUUGUAUAUUGCAAGAUUGUUUUUUUAUAAGGACAUUUUUAAUAAGCAUAUUUCACUUUUUGUUAUAUUAUGUUGACUUUUCUUAAAUAUACAGACUUGUGCAUAUGGUUGACUUGAAAGAUGAUCUCAUGCUUGGUUCUAAAAGCAAAGCAAGGUUAUAUCUUUUUUUCUUCACAAAUUCUGAUAAGGUAGGGAGGGUGUUUACAGUUUAUCUUGGAAAAACAUACAUUUAUGCCUAGACCAUGUUGGCAUGAGCAUCCCUGUUUUUAUACGGUAGUUACUUCUGGCAGGUACAUCACAUAUGCUUGAAGUUUUUUUAAAAAAUAACUCUGAAGUAGAGGGAAAGGAAUCUGGUAAAUACAAGAAUCUAAAUGUUGGUCAGUAGGAGGAUCUCAGGACUUGAAAUAAAAAUGAAAAAUAAUCAAACACUUCAAUUAGUUCAAACACUUUUGACAUUUAGGAGUUCCAAGGUAAGUUUAUGCUGACCAAUUUGUCAUUUGUGAAGAGUCCUAUAACCAUGAACAUUUACUUAUGUUGCCAGUAAGCUCUGAGCUAGGGAGAGAAUGUGUUUUCGGCUUCAUUUCUCCAGAAGAAGAAAUCACCAUAGCAGUUGGGCUUGUAGAAAUAUGUGAGGAAGGAUAAAUAACUAUAAGGGUGCAAAUAUUUCUUUUCUGCUUUCUAUUUAAUAUGAUUCAGUUUUUGAUAGUAUACAUAAUACUUUUGCAUUCUCAGAUCGCUUACAGAACAUUUAUAUAUUUAACAGAACAUGACAUUUUUAAGGAUGCCAAGACCUAUCUAUAUUUAAUACAUUUUAAUACUUUUACAUUUCUACCACUGGAAAAAAUGGAUGUGUUGUUCUCUGAAUAGUUACGGUAUUAUUACAAAUAAUGCAGAUUUUAACUGAUCUUUGAAGGUAAGUAACAGGACAUGUACAAGACAGGCUUGCCUAAAUGCUAUCCAUAAUUUGGCACUGGGAUUUGUAUACUGUUUUUAAAAUUGCUCUGAUAUAAACAUUGCACUGCAGCUACUGAGAAUUGCAAGUGCAUAAUCAGCUGCACUGCAGUAUUAAAAGGUUUAACAUAAUAAAUAAUGUUUUUGGUGGGUAUUAAAACCCUGAUUUUGCAUAUCUUAGUUGAAAAAAGUAAAAAAAAACUAUUUUCAAAAAUACCUUCUUUUGGGAUCACAGUUUUUACAUCAUUUUCAACUCCAGCAUUUAGAUAGUCCCUUUGAACAUGAAAAAAAUAUUUCAUGAAGUUUAAUUCUCCUACCUAAAAUUGUGUAGUUCACUGAUUUGCUGCCUAAUUUCAUAAAACUUCCUAGUUUCAUAGCCUUCCUCAGGAUGGGACUGGCAGUUGAUAGAAAUACUAUUUUUUUAUUUAAUUAUAAAGUACUUUAAUUAAAACUUAAAUACUUUGACUUAGUGGGGAAAAUAUAUGCAUAUAAUUUUAAAAGCAAGUUUAAAAACAUCAAAUUUCAUGGAGGUUUAGAGCAAGUAGCAAGCUAAAACUUACAUGGUCAGAAAAUAUGUUUUUAGAAAACUAGCUUGAUUUCUAAGUAAAAACUACUUGAAAUGAAAAACUACUGUGGUUUUCACUUUAGAAAUUGUAGAAUUAGGUAGGUAUCCAACUUUCAAUUCACUAGAAUUGAAAUAUUCCAUAUACAACCCUGGUUUAAUACAGAUGUCCCCCAAAAAAUGAUGGCAGAGCUAUUUCAGAGAUAGAAUUUAUACUUCUAGGAUAUAGCUUUUGACAAAUCUAAUGAAACACUUAAAGAGAUACAGUUAUCAAAUUAGGUACUAAUAUAAAAUGUAACUUAAUUGACAUUACAGGAGAUAUAGUUUAUAUCUUUAAUAUUUUAUAAUCUUUGGUACAAGCAACCUUAGUUUAUAUUGUUUAAAAUAUUUACAAACCUCAGAGAGAGGUUUGUAAAUAUAUAUGCUGCUAUCUCCCAAGUUUAUUUUUCCCUCCUGGGGUUUUCUUAGUUGACCUUAUAGUAAUUUUCAACAUGGAAGCAGUUGCAAUGUUGGGAGCUGCUAAAAUACCGUAAAUCCAUGCAUGCUCUUAUGGAUUGUGGCCAGUUUGUUUGAUAUUACCUCAGAUAAUGGUAUUUUCAACAACAAAGUUAGAGGAAGCUAGCAGCACAUCCUAAUUCUUGAGUACUUAGAACUGCCAUGGACAUUUACUAAUACAAUCACUUUUGUUAAGAAUUGCUAAAAUUACACCAAAGAACUUGGAAUUAUUUAUUUUUAUUUAUUAUUUUUAAAAACAUUUUUUAAGAUGAGACCCCUUUGGAUGAGACACCCUUUGGAUGUGUAACGCAGAAAGAUCGCUGCUGAAUAUUUUAUAGCAUUAUCUUUCCCAGAGACCUUACCUAAGGGGCAGCUUCACCACUCCUAACAGCCUAGGAGUAAACAAUUAGAACUGUAAAUGAGGCCUUUUCUUUGGAAGUGCAGAGCACUCCACUUAAACUAUUAGGCUGGCCCUAAUUAUUUUAAAUUUAAUUUAUUCCAAUAUCAUGUGUACUGGGGCAUUUCAGUAACGUAUAGGAUUUAAGAUUUGAUGGUUACAAUCCAGUAUUGCACAAUUAGCAGACGUAACUAUUUUUUAAUUCUAAUUUGUUGAACAGGAAAACAAACCAUGUUUUAUUUGUGGCCACUUGAAUCCAUUGUUAUCUUCCACAGCCAUGCACUGUAUUAGAAUAAAAGGACUUUGGUUAUUCAAAUAAAAGUAUGGGAACUGGUUGGCUUGAAUGGAAAAAUAUAUCUAUUUCAGUUUGAAAAUGA